UUUUCUUGACAAACGCAAAGUUUCAUUUUAUCCAAUCAUAUGCCCGAGCCGGUCGUUGCUUCGGAUCCACGAUCACGUGAUUAACCCGGAAGUUAAAUCAAGGGGAGGAGGAAGUGCACGGAAAGAGGGUUACACAUUGCCUUAUCGAUCAUGUGGAAGGCUGCAGCUGGGAAAAAUGUGCAGGUCAAUGUGGCGGAUGAUGAUGACUGGGAGACAGACCCUGACUUUGUGAAUGACGUAAGUGAGCAGGAGCAGAGAUGGGGUGCAAAGACGGUGGAAGGGUCCGGACACCAAGAGUCCUUGGACUUGAAGAAACUGAGACAGGAGGUACAGCAUGAUGACAAAACUGUGAAGAAAGCAGAGUUUGAGAAGGGCCCGAAGGCAUCAUACGGAUAUGGUGGAUCAUUUGGAGUGCAGGAAGACAGGAUGGACAAGUCUGCUGUGGGCCAUGACUACCAAGAGAAGCUGUCCAAGCACGCUAGCCAGACAGACGCUGCCAAGGGGUUUGGUGGCAAGUAUGGUGUCCAGACUGACCGGAAGGACCAGUCUGCAGUGGGAUAUGAAUAUGAGGGUAAAACUGAGAAACAUGCAUCAGCCAAAGAUCACUCUAAAGGGUUUGGAGGGAAGUUUGGUGUACAGAAAGACAGACAGGACAAGUCCGCUUUGGGCUGGGACCACCAAGAGAAGCUGGGGAAACAUGAGUCACAGACAGAUUACUCCAAGGGUUUUGGUGGCAAGUUUGGAAUCCAGAAAGACAGACAGGAUAAGUCAGCUGUGGGCUGGGAACACAAAGAGAAGGUGGAGAAACAUGGCUCACAGACAGAUCACUCUAAAGGGUUGGGGAAGUUUGGUGUACAGAAGGAGAACAUGGACAAGUCCGCUGUUGGCUGGGACCACCAAGAGAAGCUAGGGAAACACGAGUCACAGACAGAUCACUCUAAAGGGUUCGGAGGGAAGUUCGGUGUGCAGAAGGAGAACAUGGACAAAUCUGCUGUGGGCUGGGACCACAAGGAGAAAGUGGAAAAACACGAGUCUCAGACAGAUUAUUCCAAAGGAUUUGGUGGGAAGUUUGGUGUUCAGAAAGACAGACAAGAUAAGACUGCAGCUGGUUAUGACAGUAUUGAGAAGACAGAACUUCAUUCCUCCCAGGUGGACAUGAAGAAAGGCUUUGGGGGGAAGUUUGGUGUGGAAAAAGACAAGAUGGACAAGAAUGCGGGUACUUUUGAAGAUAUGCAAGGUGCUUCCACCAGUUACUCAAAAACAAGAGCUGAUUCAAGUUCUGAAGGUGCUAAGAAUCUGAGCCGGUUCGAGAACAUGGCCAAGGCUGGGGAAGAAGAAGGCAAGAAGAGGGCUGAGGAAGAGAGGGCAAGGCGAGAGGCGCGAGAAAAGCGAGAGCAGGAGGAACAGAAGAAACAGGUGGAGGCUCGUCUUGAAAAGGAGAGGUGGCAAGAUGAAGAGACGCGAUCCCAGGAACCGGAGCCAGAGGUAGAACCUGCUGUACAGGAACCGGAACCAGAACCAGAACAGGAAUAUGUUCCUGAAGAUGUGUACAAUACUGUUGACAACUAUGAGCCAGAUGAUACGUACAACACGGCAGAAGAUGUUGCUGCGGCAGUGCCGGAAGAAGAGGAUGUGUACAAUGACGCCAGCCCUGGUGGUGGAGACACAGGCAUCACUGCUGUAGCUUUAUAUGACUAUCAGGCUGCUGAUGAAGAUGAACUCAGCUUUGAUCCAGAGGAUAUCAUUACUAAUAUUGAAAAGAUUGACGAUGGAUGGUGGCGAGGUGAAUGUCAUGGGAAUGUUGGCCUGUUUCCUGCAAAUUAUGUUGAAGAAACAAAGUGAUCUCCCUUUGAAAUGCUGAAAUUGUUCAAUUUAUUUGUUAUGGUAGAAAACAAAAACUAAUACAGCAAUUACAAUGAAAGAUAUGAUCAAGUUCAUUUCAGUGUUAUUAUUUCAAGUCCAUGUGAUUUUGUCACUAAUAUCAACAGUUAUUUUCAUAAGCUUUUUAUACAGUUUGAUAUCAUAUUUAUACACCAUAGGCACAGAUGGACUGGUGGCCUGUAGCAUUGUAAUUCAAUAUGCAGAGUUGCAUACCUUUGCCUUGCCAGGAUCCAUAGCUUUGUCCGUGUAUAACGUAGGUCUAACGGUGUUUGUGUUUUACACCUCAGCGGUAAGCAUCUAUUAACUGUGUCAAUUCUGGCUCUCCUCUCAUAUUAAGCUGACAUGCUUGGUUGUAACUGAACUACAUGCGAAGCGGCACUAAACCUAACCGCUUCAUCAUGGCAAGAAACUGAAACCAACAAGGGUGAAACCCAGAAAACAAACAGGGAAAUUGCCAUGUUUUGACUUAAUUAGCUUCACUUAAUGUUGAUGUAAGACAAAAUUUGCAGAAUCUUAUCAGAACUACUUUUAUGGUGCAAAACAAAAACGUAUUUAUGAGCCUGAACCAUUCAUCGUGUUACGUCUGAGAGCUCAAAUACAUUGUCAAAGCUUAACUUCAGAUCAUAAACAAACAGAUGCCGUGAUAGAAAUGCUACUGUUGUAAUUCUCACAGUCAAAUAAUGAAGUCAUUUUGUACAGGAGAUUUGCGUUUCUAGAUGUUUUGAAUUGUUAACUCAAUCAUGAGUGAAUUUAUGAUUAAAGCAACAUCAGUAUAUCAAACUAUACUUCUCAUCAAAAGUUUAGACUCACUAUCGUAAAUAUAGCCACUUACUUCAGGCAACUGUUCUAAACUAAAUUUUGCAAAA